AAUAAUGACGGACCAAUAUGGCGGCAAAACAUUGAGCUGAACAAGUAUCAUGCAACUUUAUUAAAAUAUAUGUCAUUUAGCUGUAAUUCUUUACAUAUUCAUGCGACAAUGUUCAUAUUGAAUCGGAAAAAAAUGUCAAAUUAUUCAGAGCAGUAAUCUGACAACGGACAUAAACGCUUGCUAUCUUAACGUUACAGGUAGUUAACCAUAACGAUUCAUUAAGAGCCACUGGAAACAAGUUAGUUAGCUGGUUAACAGGGUUAAAUAUGUGGGGUGAAAUUGAACCUCCCGUUAAAACACAACCGAGUCCGUGUGGGAGUGAAGACAAGAGCAAAUUACCAGACGAACCGUUGACACGGUCCCAGAGAUGUGACUUAAACAGCCUCACAGACACCAAGCAGCCGCUGCAACACACCCAGUGCGUGAGCCAGGGUGAGUCCAGUUCUGUAAACGCCAUGGUAGAAGCCAUAGCCUUGAGUGGGAGCCUGGUGAAAAGCCAGCAGAUAGGAGACGCUGAACUGACCCUAGAGCAGCGCAGAGAGGAGCUUCUGCAUCAGUACAGGAACAAACCACUGGUUUUCCUGGAGAGGUACCAUGCCUGUCUGAAGCCCCAGCACCUGUCAGCGUUUGAUCACGUAAGCUCAGACCCACGGGCACAGCACUACAGCAAAGUGAUACAGACACGAUCUGCAGGAUGCACCAACAGGACCAGGGUCCGAAACCAGCGCUACGCUGCCCUCAGAGCUCUGCAGAGGGAGGGUCAAUAUUUCAGUGAAGAACAGAUGCGAAUUAGAGAGCCGUUGCUGUAUGAACAAUAUAUCGGUCAAUACCUGACUGACGAGGAGAUGCUGGAGCGCUCCCAGGGGGCCAUGUUGGACGGUGCAGAGGGGGGACCAGGGGCACCAGCGGGUGGCACGGGAGGGCUCGCCCACCUCCUCCUCAACUCCUACCAGGAGCGUCUCAUCCAGAAUCGUCUGCAGGAGGAGCAGGAGAGAGAGGAGGGCGCACAGGAGGAGGAAGAGGAUGAAGAAGACGACGAUGAUAGAGUCCAGGAGAAGGAAUGGGAGCCUACCCCCGAGGAGAAGGCUCUGCUCAGAGAGGAGUUCAUCAGCCAGAUGCACCAGCGCUUCCUAGAUGGCAAAGACAAAGAUUUCAACUACAGUGAGGUGGAUGAGAACCCAGAUUAUGACAACUUGGACAUCGUCAGCAGAGACGCUGAAGACAAAUACUUUGAUGAAGACGAUGAGGUGGAAGAGGAUGAAGAAGAUAUGACAGAAUAGCAGCUGUAGUAGAGUUUAACUGCUCUGAUUGAACUGUAAAUACAAAUGUACAAAAUAAGGAUAUGUAUUCUAUCUUUUAAUGUUACACCUGAAUACAAAUACAGCUGGUAAUAAAUGUUGUUUCUGGGUCAUUGGCAA